AUUAAGAAUUAGAAAAUGGGCGCCAAUGCGCAGCAGCAGGAAAUAUCUCCUGACACCACCAAAUGUCCCUUCAUUACUGGCGGAAGGAGGGAGAGAGAGAGAACCUUUUUUGGCUGUCCUUUCCAUUUUCUGUUCAACACCCCAUUCCUCAGGUUGGGGGAGAGUGUGUGGGUGGGAGAGCAGAGCAUAGCCGCAGAACUUGAGGAAGGGAGGGGGGAAUCAAUGGCUCCACGGAAAAGGUUGCUUCGUGAUGCUGAGUGUGACCCGAAGGCGGAGAAAGCCCCGGCACGACCUCCGAUGACGACGACCCGGGUGACUCGGACCUCUGUUCGCCGGGCACUGCAGGCUGAGUCGGUGCCCGAGCAGCCCCAGAAGAGGAAAGCCCGUAAGAGAGGGAAAGCGGAGGCGGAAGAUGCUGGCAAGGACGCCCAAGCUGAAGAGACUGCAAAAGGGGUGACUGAGCUCACAGAUGAAGAGUCCGCGGAGUGUGAAAUCGAUGAAUCUAAAGAAGCUCAGCCGGUCACCACUGCAGAGGAGAAGAAGAAGAAGGAGAGAACUGUUGUCAUUGAGCACUGCAAGCAAUGCAAUUCCUUCAAGACAAGGGCUCUUCAGGUGAAGAUUGGCUUGGAAAAUGGUGUUUCUGCCAUCACUGUGCUGGUUAACCCAGAUAAGCCAAGAAGGGGUUGCUUUGAGAUACGUGAGGAAGGUGGCGACAAAUUUAUCAGCCUUCUGGGCAUGAAGCGGCCGUUUACACCUAUGAAGAAGCUAGAUAUGGAGGAGGUCAUAUCGGAGAUCAUUGGCAAACUCAAUGGGGACUAAUGAUGGUCAAGGAAACAGCUAGGCAGGCCUUUUUGUGUUAGGUGCUUCUGUGUAGUGUGUAGUGAACUGCUCUGCUUUGCCCAACUCGAAACUCUUUAUCUUAGAUGACAAACAAUUGAUUUCUGAUGCAGAUGAAAGUUUCCUCCACUCAGCCAAAUAGGAAUAUGUAGACCUAAUAUUCCAUUUGCUUCUGUGGAUAGUUAUCCUCUCUUAUAUUUACAUCAAUGGCUGAAUUCCAAAAGAUUGCUCAUUGUGAUUUCCUGUUCUUCGUAUGCUGCAGAUUGAGCAAGUUUCUUUGUUUUA